AUGGCCCGUCCACGCCUGCCGUCGGCCUUUGCCGUCACCCUACUGGCCACGCGGGCCGUGGCCAUGGUCCUGUCGGCCCUCGUCAUCGUGUUCCUGCUGUACAUGACCAUCGUUUAUGCAAAGACCUUUGCCUGGGCGUACACGGCCGCCGCCCUCGCCCUCUGCCUCGACACGGCCGAGGUCACCACGCUGGUCGAUAAGGACCGCAACGUACCCCGGCUGCACUGGGCCGCCGUCUUCGCCCUGGAGCUGCUCGUGCUGGGCCUCCACGUCGGCGGCUGCCUCACGCUAGCCUUUGCCGAGCUAGCCGCCGCCCAGGGCGGCGAGUAUGACGGCUUUUACGCGGCCGAUCCAUAUCGAAUAUACGCCCUGGCCGCCCAGGGCUCGGUUGGGUAG